AUGGCUCUCAAAUACAAUGUAAUAGUCGACGAGAAGUUUUUCAUGGAUACAUGUAUUAAUUUCAUCCUGGCUGGUGAUGACACGCUGUUUUCAGCUUUAAUAUGGUUCUUUUGGCUAGUCCCGAGUCACCCACAAGUAGAAAAGGAGAUUGUCAAAGAAAUCGAAGAGAAAGAUGAUGAUUUGAAUGAAAUGGUAUACACACAUGCUUCGAUUUGUGAAAGCAUGAGACUAUACCCACCAGUCCCUCUUGAAUUGAAGCAAGUGACCGAAGAUGAUGUUUGGCCGGAUGGAACAAAGUUGAAAAAGGGAAUGAGCAUUUUUGUACAUGUUCUUGCAAUGGGGAGAUCAACAGAAUUAUGGGGUUCGGAUUGUGAAAGUUUUCGGCCAGAGCGCUGGUUGGUGAAAAACCCUAGUACAGGAAAUUGGAAUUUUAUCCCAAGGGACCCUUUCACAUAUCAGGUGUUUCAAGCAGGGCCAAGGACUUGUCUUGGAAAAGAAUUUGCUUUCAUGCAGAUAAAGCUGGUGGCAGCUACUAUUCUAAAGAGGUUUCAGAUCAUUCCUUUAGUCCUAUCUGUAAUUCGUCAUUGA